UGCGUUGCCAGGGGGUUGGGGACCAGAUGAUUCAUUGCCUGUGAUUCUGAGUUAUAGGGUUUGGAAGGGACCCCCAAGGGUCAUCUAGUCCACACACGCACCCCCCCCCCCGAAAUGCAGGCAUCGCAGCUAAAGGAUCUCUUGACAGAUGGCCACCCAAGCUCUUUCCUUGCGAGGGAGUCCGUCUCGCAUGCUGCCCGCCCAAGGACUUGGUAGCACCUCCAGUUUGGCAGAAGACUGAGGGGUCUCUUGGAUCCACUUGGAGGCUUCCUUGGAACAGAGCUCAAAGAUGGAAGAGAAAGACACAACUGAAGCAGGAAGAGAUGUAAGCCCUGGGGAAUUCUGGGAAAGAACAGUUCAGAAGGUACUGGGUAAGGAGGGACCCCUCAGCUCAGAGGCACAGCGCCAGCGUUUCAGGCAUUUCCGCUACCAAGAGGCCAAGGGACCCAGAGAGGUUUGCAGCCGACUCCACUAUCUCUGUUAUCAGUGGCUGAAGCCAGAGCAACAUAUGAAGAAUGAGAUCCUGGACCUGGUGAUCCUGGAGCAAUUCUUGGCUGUCCUUUCCCCAGAGAUGGAGAGCUGGGUGAGGGAAUGUGGAGCAGAGACCAGUUCCCAGGCAGUGGCCCUGGUUGAAGGUUUCCUCCUGAGUCAGGCAGAGGACAAGAAGCAGACAGAAGAGCAGGGGAAAGGUCUGUUUGUUGAAGGGGCCACUGAUUUCCAUGGGGCAUGGAAGGCUGCAUCGGAUGACAGAAACAAUCCCUUUCAACGGAGGAACAUUCAGGAGAGCGACAGAGUGGCCGCCUCACUUGGGUCCCAUGUGCUUUGAGGAUGUGGCAGUGUAUUUCUCUGAGGAAGAGUGGGCCCUGCUGAAUCUGGAGCAGAGGGCCCUGCACAGGGAAGUCAUGGAGGAGAAUUGUGAGAUCACUGCCUCUCUCUAUCAUGAGUGGGAAUCCGAGAAUCAGGAAGAUCUACAUUGGUUCUUGCCAGAAGCACACAUGACUUUAAAGGCAGAGCAGCAGGAAAGGAAACCAGAAGGAGAAGAGAAAAGGUGGAAUCAGUUCCUUAUUUCUCAGUGCAGUGAUGGCCAUCAGAUCCCAGCUGAAGAAAUACAGACAAGUAAAGAAGCAAGUAUAUUCUGUCAGAGACAUUUCUACCCUACACCAGCAUUUGAAACUCCUUACAAAAUCCACAUGGGAGAGAUACCACACCCAUGCCUGGACUCUGGAAAAAGCUUUUAUUGUAAGACACAUAUGACUACUCAUCAAAGAACUCACACAGGGGAGAAACUGCAUGAAUGCUUGGAAUGUGGAAAAAGCUUCUCUCGGAAGGUAUAUCUCGAUGACCACCAAAGAAUUCACACAGGAGAAAAGCCAUUUAGAUGUUUCGAGUGUGGAAAGAGCUUCACACAGAAGACAACUCUCUCUCUGCAUCAAAGAAUUCACACAGGAGAGAAACCAUUUAAAUGUUCAGAAUGUGGAAAGAGCUUUUGUCGGAAGGCAUACCUUACUGGUCAUCAAAGAAUUCACACAGGGGAGAAACCAUUCAGAUGCUUGGAAUGUGGAAAGAGUUUCACGCAGAAGACAACUCUUUCUCUGCAUCAAAGAAUUCACACAGGAGAGAAACCAUUUAAAUGUUCAGAGUGUGGAAAGAGCUUUUGCCGUAAAGCAUACCUUACUAGUCAUCAGGGAAUUCACACAAGGGAGAAACUGCAUAAAUGCUUCGAGUGUGGAGAGAGUUUUCAUAAUGCAAUACAUCUCACUGCUCAUCAGAGAAAACAUACAGGGCAGGAGCUAUUUAAAUGCUUGGAAUGUGGAAAGUGUUUCAGACAGAAUUUAACUCUCACUUACCAUCAAAUAAUUCACACAGGGGAUAAACCUUACACAUGCAUGGAGUGUGGAAAAAGCUUCUAUCGCAAGACACACCUUACUACUCAUCGAAGAAUUCAUACAGGGGAGAAACCAUUUAUUUGCUUGGAGUGUGGAAAGAGCUUCACACAGAAGACAACUCUCACUCUACAUCAAAGAAUUCACACAGGCGAGAAGCCAUUUAAAUGCCCAGAGUGUGGAAAGAGCUUUUGUCGGAAGGCAUAUCUUAAAAAUCAUCAGGGUAUUCACACAGGGGAGAAACCAUUUAGAUACUUUGAGUGUGGAAAUAGCUUCACACAGAAGAGAACUCUUACUUUGCAUCAAAUAAUUCACACAGGGGAGAAACCAUUUAAGUGCUUGGAGUGUGGAAAGAGAUUCCAUAAUAAUAAGCGCCUCACUGCUCAUCAAAGAAAGCAUGCAGAGCAGGAACUAUUUAAAUGCUCGGAAUGUGGAAAAUGUUUCAAACAGAAUUUAACUCUUGCUUACCAUCAAAAAAUUCACAGAGGGGAGAAACCAUACGCAUGCUUAGAGUGCGGAAAGAGCUUCUAUCGCAAGACACACCUUACUACUCAUCAAGGAAUUCAUACAGGGGAGAAAAGGCACCAGUGCUUGGAGUGUGGAAAGAACUUCACAGAUAAAAGAACUCUCUCUAUUCAUCAAAGAAUUCACACAGGAGAGAAGCCAUUUAGAUGCUUGGAAUGUGGAAGGUGCUUCACACAGAAAGCAAGUCUCACUUCACACCAAAGAAUUCACACAGGGGAGAAGCCAUACACAUGCCUUGUGUGCGGAAAGAGCUUUGGUCAGAAGACAGGUCUUACUACUCAUCAAAGGAUUCAUACAGGUGAGAAACCAUAUCAGUGCUUUGAUUGUGGAAAGUGGUUCUGUUGGAAGACAGAUCUCACUAUUCAUCAAAGAAUUCACACAGGGGAGGAACCAUUUAAAUGCUUGGAAUGUGGAAAGAACUUCUCUCGGAAGAUACAUCUUACUAACCACCAAAGAAUUCACACAGGGGAGAAACCAUUUAAAUGCUUGGAAUGUGGGAAGAGUUUUUGUAGGAAGGCAUACCUUACUAGUCAUCAGAGAAUUCACACAGGGGAGAAACCAUUUAAAUGCUCCGAAUGUGGAAAGAGCUUUUGUCGGAAGGCACACCUUACUAGUCAUCAAGGAAUUCACAUGGGAGAAACCAUCAUGGAAGAGGAAGACUCAGUCGUGCUUGAAGACGGUAGAGGCCCGUAUACAAUCCAUGUUGGGAGCAGUGGGGACUUCUGGGAAAGAACAAUGCAGAAGAUUCUGGAAGAGGAGGACACCCUCAGCUCAUAUUUACAGCUCCACUUUGGGCAUUUCAACCACACAGAAGCCAAGGGGCCCCGAGAGAUUUGCAGCCGACUCCACCGUCUUUGCUGCGAAUGGCUGAAGCCAGAGCAACACACAAAGAAUGAGCUGUUAGAUCUGGUGGUCCUGGAGCAAUUCCUGGCUGUCCUCCCUCCGGAGAUGGAGAACUGGGUGAGGGAAUGCGGAGCGGAGACCAGUUCCCAGGCGGUGGCCCUGGCCGAAGGUUUCCUCCUGAGUCAAGCGGAGUACAAGAAGCAGGAAGAGCCGCAGGUAAAAGGUCUUUUUGCCAAACCAACCACUGACCUCCGUGCAGCAGAGAGAGCUUCGUCAGACGCCAAGCAGUGUUUCCUGCGAAGGAGGAACGUUCAGGGGAGCUGGGGAGUUGCAGCCUCACUCAGUGAUGAAAUGAAACCGGCAAGAGCUUAUUGGCUGUCUCCUCUUUGUGGUGAAGGGGAAGCAGGAGCUGUGGAACCAGAUCAGGGCCCCCAUGAAGUUUGCAGCCGACUCCACCAUCUCUGCCAUCAGUGGCUGAAGCCAGAGGGUCACACCAAGGCUCAGAUCCUGGAUCUGGUGAUCCUGAAGCAGCUCUUGGCUGUCCUCCCUCCGGAGAUGGAGAGCUGGGUAAGGGAAUGUGGAGCAGAGACCAGUUCCCAGGCGGUGGCCCUGGCCGAAGGUUUCCUCCUGAGCCGGGCGGAGGACAGGAAGCAGCAGAUAAGGAGUUUGUCUGCUGAAGCGACCAGAGAACGUCCCCUGCAAAGUGGUAACAAUCAGGAGAGUGACGGACAUCCCAUCUCAUUGGGUGAUGAAAUGGCGCUGGCAAGACCAGCUUGGCCAUCUCCUCUUGGCAACGGAUGGGAAACAGCUGUUGUGAACCCAGAUCAGGGUCCCGUGUCCUUUGAGGAGGUGGCGGUGUAUUUCACAGAGGAGGAAUGGGCUCUGCUGGAUCCUGACCAGAGGGCGCUGCAUAACGAAGUCAUGGAGGAGAAUUGUGGGAUGGUAGUCUCUCUCAUAGGCUAUGAAUGGAAAACUGAGAAUCAGGGAGAACUACCUGGGGUGUUUGCAGAAAGAGACACAUGUAUGAAGAGGGAGAAGCAGAGAAGGAAAACAGAAGGACAGAAGAGGAUGAAUAAUUCCCCUGCUUCCCAGGGCACUGACUCCAAUGAAAUCCCAGUCCAAGAAAAAACGCAAAACAGAAGAGAAACAAUUAUAUGUUUUGUAUGUUGGAGAAGUUUCCAUUCUAAAUCUAAACUUAAAACUCACUACAAAAUCCACACAGGGGAGAAACCACACAAAAGCUUAGAAUGUGCAAAGGGCUUGAAUACAAGCACAAGCCUUGGCAUUCAUCAAAGGGUCCACACAGGGGAGAAACCGCAUAAAUGCUUGGAGUGUGGAAAGAGCUUUUCUCAGAAAAGAAAUCUGACAGCACACCACAGAAUUCACACCGGAGAAAAACCAUUUAAUUGCUUGGAAUGUGGAAAGGCCUUCCGUCGGAGGACACAUCUCACUGCUCAUCAGAGAAUUCACACAGGAGAGAAGCUGUAUAGGUGCUUGGAAUGUGGAAAGACCUUUAACAGAAGCGGAAGCCUCACUACUCAUCUAAUAAUUCACGCAGGGGGGGAAACAUACAAAUGCUUGGAGUGUGGAAAGAGCUUCUCUCAGAAGAGGAAUCUUACUAACCAUCACAGAAUUCACCUGGGAGAGAAACCAUACCAAUGUUCGGAAUGUGAAAAGCGCUUCUUCCAGAAGACACAUCUCACUACUCAUCAAAGAAUUCACACAGGUGAGAAGCCAUUUAAAUGCUUGCAAUGUGGAAAGAACUUUUGUUGGAAGAUCCAUCUCACUUAUCAUCAAAGGAUCCACACAAGGAAAACACCGCAUAAAUGCUUGGAGUGUGGAAAGAACUUUUCUCAGAAUUCUCUCCUUGUUACCCAUCAAAGGAUCCAUACAGGGGAGAAACCAUUUAAAUGCUUGGAGUGUAGAAAGAGCUUUUCUCAGAAGACAAAUCUUGCUUCCCACCGCAGAACUCACACAGGGGAGAAACCAUAUAAAUGUUCAGAAUGUGGAAAGAGCUUCUGUCGAAGGACACAUCUCACCACUCAUCAGAGAACUCACACAGGGGAGAAACCAUACAAAUGUCUGGAAUGUGGAAAGACCUUUAGUAGAAACAGAAGCCUAACACAUCAUCAAAUAACUCACACAGGGGAGAAACCAUACAAAUGUUUGGAAUGCGGAAAGAGCUUCUAUUGGAAAAUGCAUCUUACUUAUCAUGAAAGAAUUCACAGAAAGGAUGCACCACAUAAAUGCUUGGAGUGUGGAAAGAUCUUUUGUCAAAAUUCUGACCUUGUAACCCAUCAAAGGAUCCAUACAGGGGAGAAACCAUUUAAAUGCUUGGAAUGCGGAAAGAGCUUCUGUCAGAAGAUAAAUCUCAGUAAUCAUCAAAGAAUUCACACGGGGGAGAAACCCUUUAAGUGCUUAGAAUGUGGAAAGACCUUUAGUACAGGCACAAACCUCACCACUCAUCAAAUAAUUCAUACAUGGGAGAAACCAUUUAAAUGCUUGGAGUGUGGAAUGGCCUUUAAGAGAAACAGAGGCCUCAGUAUUCAUCAAAGGAUCCACACAGGGGAGAAGCCACAUAAAUGCGUGGAGUGCGGAAAAAGCUUUCGCCAUAGUUCUGCCCUUGUUAAUCAUCAGAGAAUCCAUACAGGAAAGAAACCAUAUAAAUGCUUGGAGUGUGGAAAGAGUUUCUGUCAGAAGACACAGCUCACUGCUCAUCAAAGAAUUCACACAGGAGAGAAACCGCAUAAAUGCAUGGACUGUGGGAAGAACUUUUGUCGGAAGGAAUCACUUGCUGCUCAUCAGAGAAUUCACACUGGGGAGAAACCAUUUAAGUGUUUGGUAUGUGGAAAGAGCUUCACACGGAAGAUAAGUCUCGUUUCUCAUAAAAAAAUCCACGCAGGAGAGAAACCAUAAAUUCUUGGGAGUGUACAAAAUGCUUCAGUAAUAAGAGACUGCUCUUCAAAGAAUUCACUCAGAAGGGGAGCUAGAGAAAUGAUCAGAAUAUGGAAUGCGAUUCGAUCACAGUUUAACUCCUAUUUCAGAUUGGAGUUGAGUUGGUGGGGGACGGGACAUGGCCUUGGCAGAAUCCUGAGGGCCAUUUGGAGAUAAAUACAGAUUGGAAGACUGGAUCCAUUGUAGAAUCUGAGAAGCCUGAUGGAAUAGCCUAAGAUAAAAAUCCAUUCAUCAGCAAUAGCAGUAGUAUUAUGUUACAAACUUGUAAAAACAAAGUCAUUUCUACAAAGCCUCUCUAGGGAGAGCAUUCCACAAACGAGGAGCCACUGUUCUUAUGAUGCCACCCUCCAGACCUCUUGUGGAGGAGGCACACAAACUAUGAACUAGCCUGAACCCUAUGGUCAUUGUCUGAGGCCCUUCUUCAUAUGCCUUCUCCACUAGGGGUCUGGAUAGUGGCAUCACGAGAAUAGGCCUUUUCUCCGGUGGUUCCCUGUUUGUGGAAUGCUCUCCCUGAGGAGGCCCACCUGGCACCUUCGUUAAAUAUCCUUAGGCGCCAAGCAAAAACAUUCCUGGUCACCCAGUCCUGUGGCUGAUUAAACGAUCCAUUCUAUGGCCUUUUAAAUGUAUCCGGGGGGGGGGGGGUAUUGUGUUGUUGUUGUUGUUGUUGUUUGUUGUGUAUUUAAUAAAUAAAGAUAAUAAUGAGUUGAAGUAUUUUACAAAUCAGUUCACAGUUUUGAGGCGUCUCGAAACGGUACAGAUAAAAUACAAAAUAUACAAAUUGUAGACUGGAGGUUAUCCAUCCCUUCAGUAAGGGAAUGAACAAGGGCAUUGGAUUUCCAAAGCCACAAUGCUGGCACCCGUCUGUCUCAGGAAACAAUGGAGGAGUGCAUCUUUUGGGAUGAGGUCAAGCUGCUGCAAGGCUGCAGUGCCUGCUGUGGCUGUAGAGCCUGAUGCAGAACAGACAUGUUUUGUUGCAGCUGGGGCAGAUGAGGGUGUCCAGUCCAGUCUGGUGCUUGUGGUACUCUCAGCAGUGCCCACAUCAGCAAAGUGAAGUUGCCAGGUAUGGGACCAGAGGAUCCUUUGGGUAGUUGCCCCAAACCACCCAAUAUCUAAGCCAGUAUUGCCUGCUUUGACUGGUAGCAUCUCCAAGGCCUCGUGCCCAGCACAUCCAACCGCUUUCCCCAACAUCGUAACUGGAGAAGUCAGGGAGUCACCUUAGGACCUGGUGACUGAAAAUGACAAGGUCUCUUUAUUUUAUGAUGUCUGUAUCCUGCCAUUGCUCCGGAAGUGAGUGGCAAGUGGUGGUUCUGUGGUUCUUCUGCAGAGCAACCUUAUGAGGUAGGCUAGGCUGGGAGUGAGUGAGUGAGUGAUUGCCCAAGUCCACCCAGUGAUCUUCAUGUCUGAGCUGGGAUCUGAACUUGGGUCUCCAGGGACCCAAUGCAACAGUCCACAGCAGAGGUGCCCAAACUUUCUACUCCCAGGGCCCACUUGAGAUGGCUGAAAAUUACUGAGGCCCACCAGUCACAAAAUGGUGACAGAUGGAGGCGGAUUUUUGGCAUAAUUUUUGAAUCUGUUCCACUUUGGCUUCAGGCUUAAUCAUGAUACAGAAACUGCUUUGGUUGCCCCUGUUGAGAUUUAUCAGAAGUUGAUUCCAGUAUUCUUCUGGAGUGUCUCAGGGAGGUGGGGUUUUAGGGCACUGUGAUUCUGUUCCUAUCUCUCUGGCUAUUUCCAGAAAGUGGUCAUGGCACCUUUCUGCUCAAUGCCAUGGGAGUGUCUCACAGGGCUUCAUCCUGUCCCCCAACUAUAAGAAGCCUCUUGGAGCUAUUAUCUAUAUGCAGGUGACACCAAGCGUUAGCUCUCUGUUGCAUCUGAAUCAGGAGAGGCAGCUGAAGUGUUAGACCAGUGCUUGGGGGCAGUAAUAGGGUGGAUGUCCUGCUUGGACUGGUAGCUAUAAUCCCCCACCAUCCCACAAGAGAGAACCUUAGAAUUGUAGAGUUGGAAGAGACCCAAAGGAUCAUCUACUCUAAACCCUUCAAUGCUUCAAUGAAUCACAGCCAUAGAAUCCCUGACACCACCUUUAGGGUCUACAAUAGCUCCCAGUAUAUUUCCGAGCACAAUUCAAGUGUUGGUGCUGACCUUGAAAGCUCUAAAUAACCUCAGCCCUGAAACCUGAAAGAGCAUCUCCACCCCCAUCGUUCUGCCUGGACGCAGAGGUCCUCCUUCGAGGGUAUUCUGGCAGUUCCCUCAGUGAGAGAAGUGAGGUUACAGGGAACCAGGCAGAAGGUCUUCUUGCUGGUGGCACCCGCCCUGUGGAACUCCCUCCCACCAGAUGUCGAGAUAAAAGAGCUGCACAACU